CUCGCACAUAGCAUGGAGCACCCCCCUCUGCCCCUCGACGUCCUCUCAAACGUCGCAGCCCUCAUCCCGCCGCCCUACUACCCAUGGCCACACCCUGCUGCCCAGACCACAGCCACAACCCCGGCCCCCGACGUUAUCCGCAACCUCGACCCAGCCCCCGCGCCACUCCAGACUGAUCUCCAGGCAAUCUCUGCCAUCACCCGCGCCUCCUCCCGGCUCCUCGAGGCGGCGCGGCCAUGGCUCUGGGAGGACGUCGACGUCAAGACAGGCAGGGGAUGGCUCGCCAUCGUCAACGCCCUCACAGAGGAGGUCAUCGAACAGGACGUCGAGAGUCUCACCCCCAUCGCUGGCUCCGCACCCGCCUCGGAUGGGACUGGCAGCGGACGGGCCACACCCGUGCCCCCCCAGGAGCCUCCGAGGCAGCCAGGCACCAUACCACAGGCCACACACGCUUACACGUCCUCUUCUUCCUCCGCCCUUCCUUUCCCCAUCGCUUCAGGCCCUGGUCAUGUGGCUUCCGGCAGCAGCGCUUAUCCCCAGAUGUCUACAAGCCCCCCACAACCCACGCACAUACACCAGCUUCUAACCCCCCCCACGUCACGUAACACGUCACCUCGCGCACGCACCAGCCCCGCCUUGCCACCCAUCCUCACCAACCCGCAGCCUCGUGCCGAGCAGAGCCCCAGCCCCGGGCCACCUGCGCCGCCUGGUCCCUCUGCGCCGCCUGGUCCUCCUGGCCCGUCGACCGGUCCGGGACCUUCGAAUGGUGUCUCCCCGUCUGCUGUCGCACGCACAAAGCUUCGAGGACGUUCACGUUCCCCACGGCGCAGCGUCGGUUUCGACACUGAAGGCAUUCAGGCUGUAUUGGAGCGUAGCCGAUCAGCCAGCUCUCAUCGAUCAAACGGUCCUAGCGGCUCGGUUCGCGGCGCCUUUAUGCACCGCCGUACAAGCCUCUCCCGUUCACGGACAUGGCAUGAUGGCCCACGUGACGAAGAGGAGGACGAAGACGAGGACGAAGUGAUGCCUCUUACGGGGCCGCCCGCCAGGUACAAGGCAGGUGUCAUCACUCCUCGAUUGUUGCCAGCAGAAAGGGAAACUGCGAACGCCGACCUUUUGCCUCCUCCGGGACCGUACAUUAGGCAUCUCAACUUUACCAAUUUCAGAACUAUCGGGAGCAGAAGGAGUCAGGAAGAGGCAGUUCGGGGACGUUUUGUCACCGCUGGAAGACUUGAGGGUGUCAUAAAGAAUGCUCCCAACCUUGUGUCUUUGUGUAUGACCGAAUACGUCGAUUCAUCGUUAUCCUACCCAGUCAUUGAAGAAAUUUUCUUCAGGGGAUCCCGGCGUCCGCGCUACCGUUCACCGUCCCUUACCCGUACUCGCUCCCUGUCCAUCGGUCAACCUCCCUCGGUCACAUCCACCGCUCAUGAUCAACUUGAUCCUCCUCGUCCCGAGUACGUCCCCUACGAGGACGAGACUGAGGACCAAAAGUGGAACCGCCGAGCCAUGUUUACCCCCCUCGAGGCACUUGACCUCACUGGGUGCGUCAGCCAAGCAUUUACAGAGGCCAUGCAAAAGUUUUACAAUACUUGGCUGGCACCAGACGAUGAGACGGAGGAUGAGGAAGAAGAGCGAGGUAGAGGCAGAUGGCGUGGUAGAGGGAAAAGGGCCCAUUCACCUGAUGCGACAGAGGACGAUAGUGACACCCAUAGCCAUUCAGUCUCUAGGGACAGACAGUCACAUAGGCGUCCUCCCAGAUUCCGAGCUAUGCGCCGCUUGUGUCUCCGUAUGUGUACUUCGCUCGAUUCUCAAAUCAUCGCGUCCCUUGUAUGGUCCUUCCCUUGCUUGACCCACCUGGACCUGUCAAACACGCGUGUGCCCGACGAACUUCUCAACUAUCUCACCGACUAUUGCCCACGCGCAUUCCGCCUCACAUCCCUCAGCUUGGCGCGCUGCCCAAGACUCAACUCUUAUGCUGUCGUUGACUUUCUCUGCCGCUCGCCCGCCGUCAGGGAUCUCGUCGAUCUCAAUUUGUAUGUAAAUCCUACUCAGGGAAAGGCUAUUGAGUCCGAUGCGUUGAUGCGGCUCAUUACCGAGGCGCCUUGCAUGCGUUCCGGUCGAUUGAGGUAUCUCGAUCUUUCCUCCGCCAAGUUCACGCCCGCCCACCUCGCCGCCGACGUCUUCCCGCCGCAAGCUAGCUUGAUCUCACUCGGUCUUUCUCACAUCCCCACUCUGGGUUUGACCCCCAUUGCCGAUUUUUUGCUCAGCGUGGCGUUCAAUGUUGAGAUCCUCACUCUUGUCGGUACUGCCACAACGUCUUCCCUUGACCCAUCCCGCUCGCCAUUGCAAAUCACUCUCGAGCUGCACUCUCGUCUCAUCAACCCUCUGACAACUAUUCCUUUCUCCCUGUCGAGCCUUUACCUCUCCCCCGGGAGCGGUACGCCGGCCAACUUGAACCCUGGCCCGACGAGGUUAAGAGUCAUCGAGUUGAUUGGGCCGGUCAGGAGAAGUAUUGCGCCAGACGGUAAUGGCGAAUGGAAAGUUGUAAAGUCAAAGGGAAGUCGAGGCUGGUACGUCGAUCAGUCUGCUGGCUGGCGCCGAGUCCAACCUCCUCUGUCACCAUCACCAUUGUCCCCUGCAUCAGAGAGCGGGGCGAUGGACGAAGGUGAUACGGAAGCGCAAUGGGAGUUUGUCCGUCAUUUGCCCAAAGCGCACCCGCGCAGGGCCUGGCUCAAUAAGCUGAGUGAAGCUUCAGGAAGAGUCGGAAGUAACGUUGGGUGGCAUUCGAGGAAAAUGGAAGUAGUCAGAGGGAUGGGAAUGAUGGGGCGUGAGGAAGGGAUGGCAGGUGCCGGGGCAUUCGCGUUUGAAGAGUAAAUCUAUAUAGUUGUAGCGUACUCCAAGGCCAGUACUUUCGAAUAGGGUCACGCCGUGGGCCAAACUUCCAUCAUGAUCCUUCAUACAUAGCAUUUUAUAUUGUUUACUGGUAUAUAUGUUUAUAUUAUCUAACCAACCUCUGUGCAAAAAUUCCAGACUUUGUGAGGAUGGUCAUGAUUGCCGGCCAUGAUGGCAUACUACCCAAAUAAUUACUAUAUAUCACCAAGGGUACCAAUGAUGCUGGAUAAUGAUGCAGCUACCAUUAUGACCUUCAUUGC